CCAGAUUGUUCAUCCAGUCUGUCUUAUUUAGACAGACCUGUCUCUUUCUUUCUCUCUCUCUCUCUCUCCACACUGAGUCGAUGUCUGCAUAGCGGGCCCCUAGUGCAGGAUAGAUCUGCCCCUGUGAGUGUCUGAGGCUUCCACUCGUUACAGGAGUGGAAAGCCUCUUCUUUCUUCCGUGGCGUGGCUGGUGGUUUCAAACUGCUGACCUUGCACAGUGUAACCCAGUCUGCCACUAGGGCUCCUCACUCCCCUGAAAACUAUUCCUUGGGCAGUGUGCUGGUGUCCAUCGCCCAGGUGGUCACCCUGUGACUGCAUCAGCUCCUGAGGGUGCAUUUACUCCCUGGAUCAGCCACUGGAGGCAGGGCCUGGGGCGUGGCCUCACAGUCCUGGAGCGGGCACAGAUGGGCACUUGACCCUGAUGGUGCCCCAGGGGGCUGGCACUGGAUUUCCCUGUUGGGCAACCCCCACUUAAAAGGACCCUUUCUGACAGACCCUACAGCCAAGAGCACCUACUUCUGAGGUCUCAAGCCAUGCCUGUGCUGGUGGGAGGACCUCAGGAGGGCACCUGUCCCUCUGUCCCUUGGCCCAGAGGGCCUCCUGUGCCUGGGGCUGGAGGCCCCACCUGGGGCUUCUGCUUAGUAUUCUGCUCUGUUUGGCAAGUGAAAUACGGGAGAAGCUGGGUCAGAGCAAGUGGGGCCCACAGGCCAGUAUGGACCCCAAGCCCCAGCCUCUUACCCCUGGGGGGCUGUCUCCACAAAGAUGGGCUUGCUGAGGGUCCGCACAAGCCCAGGGCCCCUCAUUUCAGUCAUCUCAACUGUUGCUGUCAGGUCUGGGCGUAGCGGCUUCUCGCCCUUUACUCCCCGGUCAGGCCCUGGGAGCUCUCAAAUGGGCCCACCCUGAAGAAGGGGCUCUCAGGGUCAGUGGGCACCUACUUCUCAGUGGCUCCCUGUGACCCUCCCAGUCAGGGCCCUUAGAGCCUCCCUUCUGGCCCCAAACACCUUCCUUAGGUCACAAGACCCACAGCCCAACCAUAACCUUCCCUCGGUGGGGGUGCCUCCAGCAUGCCCUGGGCAGCCUGGGUGCAGGUGGUGUCGCGGUGGGGAUGCAGGUGGGGUCCAGGUGAAGAGCUGAGGUAGAGGUAUAGUUGGGAGCCCAGGAGAAGGAUGCAGGUAGGCUCAGGAGGGGGUGCAGGUGGAGCUCAAGGAAGGUGUGAGUGAGGGCACAGAUGGGCCAGCUGUCAGCCCACAGAGGUGCAUGGCCUCAGUGUGGUGGACAGGCAAGGGCUCCACCUGCUGGCUUCCAUGUCCAAGGCCAAAGCGGCACUGCUCCCGACAGGGCUCUGGGCUGUGUCAAUGUACCUCUCAAGGCUGACUGUCCACCUGGCCCCAACUGCAAGCAUUCCAGUGCCACCCAUCGCUGCAGGGCUGUGGUGACAGCAGCGUGAGCUUGACCUCGCACCCACACGCCUGGGGUCUUGAGGUUGUGGGUCAGCAGCGGGACCAUGCCUUCUCGUUUGCAGGGCCCUGGCAUGGCGCUAAGGCCCCUUCCCCAUGUGUUGUGCCUCGAUGUGGGGUCACGGGGGCAGUGUGGAGUGAGCUCUCUCUCCCUCUCGCAGGGUCCCCGGCAUGGUGCUCAAGGUCUUCUUCCCCACAUGUUGCACCUCGGCGGAGAGCGGGCUGCUGGUGGGCCGCUGGGUGCCGGAGCAGAGCAGCGCCGUGGUUCUGGCCGUGGUGCACUUCCCUUUCAUCCCCAUUCAGGUCAAGGAGCUCCUGGCACGGGUGCAGCAGGCCGGCCGUGUGGGCUUGGCUGUCCUGGGCACAUGGUGCCACUGCCGCCUGCAGGAGCCUGAGGAGGGCCUGGGCCGCUUCCUGGAGGGCCUGGGCGCCAUCUUCACACAUGAGCCCUGGCUGCAACUGUGCCGGGAGCGGGGCGGCAGUGUCUGGAGCUGCAAGGCCCUGGGAUGGCCCAUGUCCCCUGGUGCGCCCAGCCCAGCGCCAGUUAUGCUCAUCUUCUACGACCAGCGCCAUGUGCUGCUGUCUCAGCUGCAUACUCCUGCGACCCUGCCAGACCCCCAAGCUGGGGACGCCCCACCCAGCGUGGGGGGCCUGGCAGCCGUCUUCGACACAGUGGCCCGCAGUGAGCUGCUGUUCCGCAGUGACAGGUUCCACGAGGGCCCUGUGCAGCUCAGCCACUGGCAGUCGGAGGGCAUCGAGGCCAGCAUCCUGGUGGAGCUGGCCAAGCAGGCCUCUGGGCCCACCUGCCUGAUGCUCAGCUUCCUGCUCUCGCUCCUCUCAGCCGUGGGGGCCUGCAGGCUGUUCCGGCUGUGGCCCCUGCCCUUCAUCUGCAGCAAACUGUCCACCUGUGAGCAGGCCCGCCACCGGCUGGGUCACCUCACCUUCCUCUUCAGUCCCCGGAAGGCCGAGAGCCCUGUCCAGCUGAUGAGGAAGGUCAAUGUGUUUUUCUCACUGCUGCUGGACGUGGCCCUGGGCUUGGCGCUGCUGGCCUGGCUCCGUGCAGAGAACUGUAUUGGUCAGCUGGCCGAUGCCCUGGUCCCCGUGGCUGAUUGCGUGGCCGAGGAGUUGCAGCAUCUACUGCAGUGGCUGAUGGGAGCACCUGCUGGGCUCAAGAUGAAUCGGGCACUGGACCAGGUGCUGGGCCGCUUCUUCCUGUACCACAUCCACCUGUGGAUCAGCUACAUCCACCUCAUGUCUCCCUUUGUCGAGGGCAUCUUGUGGCACGUGGGCCUGUCAGCCUGCCUGGGCCUCACGGUCGCCCUGUCCCUCCUGUCCGACAUCAUCGCUCUCCUCACCUUCCACAUCUACUGCUUCUAUGUCUACGGUGCCAGGCUAUACUGCCUAAAGAUCCACGGCCUGUCCUCGCUCUGGCGCCUGUUCCGGGGGAAGAAGUGGAACGUGCUGCGGCAGCGAGUGGACUCCUGCUCCUACGACCUGGACCAGCUCUUCAUUGGGACCCUGCUCUUCACCAUCCUCGUCUUCCUCCUGCCCACCAUCGCCCUGUACUACUUGGUCUUCACCCUGCUCCGGCUCCUGGUGGUGGCCGUGCAGGGCUCCCUCCACCUGCUCAUAGACCUCAUCAACUCGCUGCCUCUCUACUCGGUCGGCCUGCGCCUCUGCCGCCCCUACAGGCUCGCAGCCGGUGUGAAGUUCCGGGUCUUGGAUCAUGAAGCUGGCAAGCCCCUCCGCCUCCUGAUGCAGAUAAACCCGCUGUCCUACAGCCGCGUGGUGUGCACCUACCGCCUGCCCAGCUGUGGCUGCCGGCCUCGCCUCUCUUGGAGCGCGCUGUGCCGCAAGCUCUUCUUCGGCGAGCUCAUCUACCCCUGGCGGCAGAAGGCGGGCAAGCAGGACUGAGGGCUGCCAGCCGGCUAGCCUUUGCCUCAUACUCCGGGGGUGGGGGGCCCUGUCCCCCUCCCAGUCCCUUGUUCCUGGGCCCUCCGUGGCAGGUGGGAGAGCUGGCCUAGGCAAGCAUGUCACAGCACUGAGUGGGACAUACCUGGUCCUGUUGGGUCACGCCACUGCUGCCCUCAGCUCGCCUCAGCAGGUCCGGCUACAGCAGCUGUGCCCCAGCCCCUCAGCACUCCAGGGCUGGCCUGUGGCAGGGGGACAGAAAGAGGGCCCCAGGAUGCACUGCCUACAGCCAUGCUCCGUCCAGUGCCUCAGUGGGGGCUCACCAGUCCCUGAGUCCCCACCCAAGCAGUGCCCAGCCAGGAAUCUGAGGACUCUGGUGAGGGAGCUGCAGGGCGGUCUGACAGGCACUGGCGCUCUGCUGUUAGGGCUGAGCCUCUUCACUGGUGCCAACAGGAGUGGAACCCAUAUGUUAGGGUUGUCUCUGGGGAUGCCUUCUGGGAGGGUGAGAUGCCAGUCGAAUGGCCUGGGGCUCUGUGAAGGCCACUCGGCCGGGCCACCCUCACUGUGACAAUAAACCCUUUGUUUUGGA